UUUAACUAUCUGAACAAUUGCCUUCCCUUUCUCAAUGCAGUCUUUGAUGAAGUCUAGAGUGCCCCAUGAUUUGAGGACAAGGUUCAAUGCAUGGCACUGACAGGGUACACUCCAAAUUCCCCACUGCAUCUUGAGCAUUGGAAACAUUAUCCAUCACCAUGAAGAAAGGUUGGAUCCAGAGCGAACUUAUCUCCUAUAACUCUCGUUUGUGGAGUAUGAAACGGCAACAGUCCAUUGACAGAUGGGCGGCAUCGCGAGCUCAGUGUGCAGAUUCACCACUGCUGGAGUGGAGAGGAGAUGGAGCUGUGCCAUGGAUUGGAGGAGACAGAUCUAUCCUUUCUUAUUGCAUGAGUUCCUUUUCCGUGUCGAUUUGGCAGCAGGAACCAUUGCUCUAGGGCUUCUUGCUCGAUUCUUCCAGCACCACCUCCACCGUCCGAUCCUGGCUUCCACAUUGGCUUGCUUCUCAAUUGCCCUAGAUCGGGCCGCUGGUGUUUCGAUUGCACGCGCUGGGGAUUCUCAUCGCGACCGUCGCUGGGUAAUUCCAUGGCGGCGAUGGAGCGCUACCAGGCCUGGGCGACUGAACACCAUCGAGAAGAGCGAGGAGGUUGCUACUCUUGGUCCGCGGAACAAAGCAGGAACAGACUUCCAAUCUGCCAGAAAGAAUCGAGAGAUCAGAGAUGGGUUUGACAGAGAAAAGAAAGAAACUUACAGUGAUUCGAAAGUAGGCAUGGACGCUGCGGAUUCUUCCAUCUUCUGUAGGACGUCUCGCCAGGACGGGAGAGACAGCGACGAGCUCAUUGGCGUGUUCUUCCUGACCAGGAUGAUCUUCCGGGAAACAUUCUCCUUGGGAACUUCCACAUUUCUUUCUUUCGCAGCCAUCUCUGGCGAUACCAAGAAAACCAAUUAGCAAUCUGGAGAGAGAGAGAGAGAGAGAGAGCUUACCAUCACCAGCUUGCUUGGCUCGGGGCCGAUCAAGCACACCAUCCCAAAACUUUCCCAUAAGCCCAACCAUUGUCCGCUACUUUGCUUGUGAGCGACGCGAUUCUUCUUCGCCGGAUGCUUUGCUUAGAUCCUGGAACUCGAAUGCAAACUAUAUGGCGCUCAA